AUGGUCUACUACAUCCCCCUUUGGCUCCAAGCCAUCAAAUCCAAAUCCGCCGUACAGUCCGGGAUUGACACGAUCCCCAUGGUCCUCUCGCUCGUCGUUGGUGCUAUUGGGGCCGGACAAAUUGUCGGACGAAUGGCAUACCAUACAUCAUUCGCCAUGGCCAGUAGUGUAAUCAUGCCGAUCGGCGCAGGUCUCAUUUCUACCUUUGAUCUCAACACGGGCAGCGGGAAGUGGAUCGGAUAUCAGAUCCUCUUCGGCCUAGGCAUGGGAAUGGGAAUGCAGCAAGGUACAAUGGCGGCACAAACUGUGCUGCAUCGAAAGGAUAUAAGACGGGCGUAUCACUUUGCUUCUUCUGCCAGCAGCUUGGUGGAGCCAUCUUUGUGUCCGUCGGGCAAAAUGCGUUUCAUUCAGAAGUUCACCACCGGACUUACAACGCUCGUGCAUGAUCUUGACGUGGGUGAGGUUGUGAACACGGGAGCAACGGAGAUUGCGAAGAUUGUGCCGGAGAAGGAUCUGCACGAGGUGCUGGUGGCGUAUAAUGAUGCGCUCAGGCAGGUGUUUGUCGUGGGUGUGGUUAUGGCGUGCUUGCCGGUGAUUGGAGCAUUCUCACUCGAGUGGAGGAGCGUGCAAGGGAGGCAAGGUCCGACGGAGAAGGGGAGCAAUAACGAUAGUAAGAUAGAUACGACAGUAAGCGAGCAGGAGAAGGCAUGA